CAGUCGCAGCGGCGUACUGCCGCGAACGGACGCGAAACGGCGAAGCCUACGCCAUUUUGAAAAAGGGUGUGUUUUGUUUGUUCGUCAUGCCUUGAGCAUCAAUUAAUGUGCAGGAUGGCCGGGUCGCGUGAAAGGUUACUGUACGACAGAAGAUCAGAUUUUGACUAUGAAUAUGAUAGAAGACGACGCUACGAGCCCAGCCGCUAUGAAGCAAGCCGGUCAGAAGUAAACCGUUCCGAACCACACCGAUACAGAAGUGAAAGGUUCCAACGAAUCGAACGUCCACGUAGAAACGGUUACGUAUACGAAGACAUAUAUUCCGACUUCGACGAAGCGCAGGGCCGUUUGUCAUUAUUCAGACCAAUUAGACCAGAAUACUUAAACCUACCAACUAAUUAUACUAAAUACAACUCACUACCCAGACCUCAAUACAACGAAAGAAGAUAUAAGAAAGACUAUUAUGACUUUAGAAUUGAAGAAAGGAGACCGCGCGAGCCGUAUGACUAUGAACGAAAUAAACGCAGAACUGAAUACGCAAAGCCGAAAAAUGUGGCUGUCUGCAAGCCUCUUCGUUUACCAGAACAAAACGUACGGUAUUGGACGACAGACAUUCCAAAAGAGAGAAAAAAGAAGGAUGAAACGAAGAAAAUCGUGAAAUUCUCCGAGGUGUCUGGUUGCCAGAAAAUGGUGGUCGAUGACCCAGUUUGCGGGAAGAAAACCGUAGCAGCUAGGGAGCUAGAGGUCUCCUUGGACCAAAUGAUACAGAACGGUUAUUUCGAGAAGCAUAAUAUUCCGAUACUAAAUGAUAAAAAGGAUGAUACAGUGAAAGUUCCGAACGGAAAGUGCUUAUCUGCAGAGACGCCGGCACCGCGCAGAUACCGGCAUUUGCCCCAGGUGAUAGCAGCUCUAGCAGUCUCCCUAGCGCCGUUCUCAGCGGGUCUAGGUAAAGGCUACAGCUCCCCAGCAAUCGCAUCACUCCAGGGUCCAGCAAAUGCGACUAGACGUGACUUUCAAUUGACAGACCAACAAGCAUCGUGGCUGGCGUCACUGUCCUUUUUGGGGGCACUGUUCGGUGGUAUGGCUGGGGGCGCAGCCAUGCGACACGGCCGACGCCGCGUGCUCUCACUAGCUGCAGCCCCUUGCAGUCUAUCCUGGCUUCUAACUGUGCUGGCCACGUCUGUGAGAAUGAUGUGCAUAACUGCUUUCUUGGGAGGUUUUUGUUGCUCCAUACUGACUAUGCUAUCGCAGGUGUACAUCAGUGAAAUAUCCGUACCAGAUAUCCGCGGCUGUCUCAGUGCUGUGCUGAAGGUGGUCGGCCAUCUUGGAGUUCUCUUCAGCUUCACCAUAGGAGCCUACUUGGAUUGGCAGCAAUUAGCCUUGUGCAUAUCAGCUGCUCCAUUGCUAUUAUUCUGUACGGUCCUCUACAUCCCAGAAACACCGAGCUACCUCGUGCUAAUCGGUAAAGACGAAGAGGCCUACAAGAGCUUGCUAUGGUUACGCGGUCCAAACUCAGACGUAGCCCAGGAGUUAGCGACUAUACGCACCAAUGUUUUGGCUAGCAAGAAUUUCAGUCAGCGACAGAGUCAAAUGUCUAGCAGCCAGUUGAUAAGUUCUUUAGACGUUAGGACGAUGAAUCGACUUCUUGGACCUAUUCUAGUGACGUGUGGGCUAAUGAUGUUCCAGAGGUUCUCUGGAGCACAUGCAUUUUCGUUCUACGCUGUGCCGAUUUUCAGAAAAACCUUCGGAGGUAUGAAUCCUCACGGAGCUGCGAUAGCUGUUUCUUUUGUACAAUUGUUGGCAUCAUGCCUCUCUGGUCUUCUAAUAGACACAGUCGGUCGUCUUCCACUCCUUAUAGUCAGCUCUGUUUUAAUGUCCAUGGCUUUAGCUGGUUUCGGAAGUUAUGCUUAUUACGAAGAGGUUCAUAGGAAUCAGAGAAUUCAGAAUGUCAUGUUUCAUCAGACCGUUGGGCAGAACGAUUGGAUCCCCCUAUUGUGUGUGCUUGUUUUCACGAUUGCCUUUUCUUUGGGAAUGAGUCCCAUUUCAUGGCUCUUGAUCAGUGAACUGUUCCCUUUAGAAUACAGGGCUUUUGGCAGUGCUAUGGCUACAGCAUUUAGCUACCUCUGCGCGUUUGUUGGGGUUAAAACGUUUGUAGAUUUUCAACAAGCAUUAGGAUUGUAUGGGGCAUUUUGGUUAUAUGCAUCUAUAAGUGUGGGAGGGCUUUGUUUUGUCGUAUGUUGUGUACCGGAGACAAAGGGUAGAGAUUUGGAUGAAAUGGACCCCAAUUAUGUCCAAAGUUUAAGCCCCAAGAGGUAAUUGGGCACUGCCAUUAGCCGUUUGCGUUUGAUCCAUUAUUUUUCAUUAUCGAUUUUCUUUAAAUAUGAAUUUAUAUUUGUUGCUUCUAGAAAUUCGAUUUAAAAUAUACAAUCUGAAUUUAUUAAUAUAUCCCUUAAAGA